AAAAAAAAAAAAAACACUUUACCUGUGUACCACGUGAAGUAACUUCCAUAUGAUAUUGUCAGCCCAAGUUCAGCACCACAAUAAAUACCAUCAUCUCAGUACGUACGGGCAUUUUGACCAAUUUGCACUUUAUUCUGAUCCCCCUCUUCUCACUGCCAGACGAUCUAAACCAAGGACAAACCCCCCACAAACGUUUGCAAAUCCGUGUUCGGGGCGUUUAUCGCCGACAGUUAGAGUUUGGGCCUUGCAGCCUUUCGCCAGCACCAGAGAUUAGCUCCCAGACGAGGGGAACGGAGACCAGAUGCAAGGAAGCGACUCCCAUCAGGCCGGAGGUGGGGUUAGCGGCGAUGCCACUUCGGUGCCGACUUUGAAUCCCGUGCUCAGUCGUUAUGUCGAUACAGUUUUCAAGUCACAUGCCGACAAGAACACUGGGAAGUGGUCUAAGGAUCAGAUCGCCACUUUUCUCCGGGUUGUCCAGGGCGAAGACGGUACUGAGCCUCCGUCAGCCUUGCUGAAGCAGUCCGAUCUGGACCUGGAGGGUUUCGUCUCGUACAUGCUCUCCCCGGAAUCGAGCAUCAUUGGGCCUGCAAAAGACCAGGAUCUGUCAUGGCCUCUCGCAAGCUACUUUAUAAGCUCAAGCCACAACACCUACUUGACCGGCAAUCAGCUCUACAGCCUUUCGAGCACAGAAGCAUACACCAACGUUUUACGCCGCGGUUGUCGUUGUAUUGAGGUUGACGUCUGGGAUGGGGAUGCUUCUGACGCUGAGGUCUCAAGCAUCAGCAGCGGCGAUGAUGAUCCCGAAAAGUAUGCGAAACGAAAAGAGCGCGUUAGUCAGCUCAAGGACAAGAUACCCAAGUCGCUCACGUCUCGUUUUAGAGAAUCGUCCCUUGCCAAGCGUCUGGGUCAGUUUGUGGAAAGCAAAACCGAGCCCAAACAAUCAUCGGCUUCAGCAUCAAACUCUCAGAGCUCUGGUGGUCCACCGCCCGCACCUCUGACCCGCGGCAGUGAUAGCAGUAAUAGGGCCAGCAGAAAUGAUCAGGACUCAUCUGCUCUGCAGAAGACGCAGACUCACGAAGCGCAGGUGAUCGAGCCAAAGGUCUAUCACGGCUAUACCCUCACAAACGAAGUAUCAUUCCGUGACGUUUGCUACGCUAUCAGAGACGAUGCCUUCACAGCCUCGGACCUACCGCUUAUAGUCAGCCUUGAGGUUCAUUGUGGGCCGGAACAACAGCUGUGCAUGGUCAACAUAAUGGAAGAGGCAUUUCAGGGGUAUCUUGUCCCCAAACCAGCCGAAGAUGCAGCAGUGCUGCCGCCACCCGAAACUCUCCGAAACAAGAUUUUGAUCAAGGUAAAAUACGCUCCGCCAGUUGAUGCUGCUGAUGCGGUUGGCUCUUCAACAUCUCCGACAGAGGAUGUUCAGGCUGGCGCUGCCCUGGCUGCAACAGAUUCUGCCAAGCCAGGUUCGUUGUCGUCAACAACAGAAACGCUUUCUCCUUCAACCACGCCUCCAACUGUGGACACACCAAAGAAAAAAAAGAAAAGCAAAAUCAUUCAAAAGCUCAGUGACAUGGGCAUUUUUACUCGCGGGAUCUCAUUCAAGAGCCUCUCUCAGCCCGAGGCCGUAAUGCCGACUCACAUCUUCUCGGUUUCCGAGAAGGCUGUGUUGGAAUUACACGAGAAGUACGGGCAAGAGCUAUUUGACCAUAAUAAGCACUACUUGAUGCGAACUUAUCCCUCCGGCAUGCGCAUUGGCUCCUCCAACCUUGAUCCUGUCGUAUUUUGGAGAAAAGGGACUCAGAUUGUCGCAUUGAACUGGCAGAACUGGGAUGAGGGCAUGAUGCUCAACGAAGGAAUGUUUGCAGGUACCAAGGGCUACUUGCUCAAGCCAGAAGGUUAUCGAGGUAGCAAGUCGGCUGCAACUCCGACCUCAACUCCUGGGCAAACGCAGGCCACCGCAGUUAGACACCGAACCCUCGAUCUUGCUAUCGAGGUAUUUGCCGCACAGGACAUCCCCCUACCGACAGGGGACGAGAAAGUGAAGUCCUUUCGUCCAUACAUCAAGUGUGAACUCCAUGUGGAGGAGCCCGGUGAACGGCAUGGGGGCGCUAAUGCUGUUCCACACAAUGGUCGAGAGAAGGAAGGCGAGUUCAAGGCUCGUACUAAGAAUAUCAAGGGCACGGUUGACCCUGACUAUGGUGGCGAAAUUCUUAACUUCUCCGCUAUUGAAGGUGUAGUCGAGGAACUCGCAUUUUUGAGGUUCACUGUUCGUGAUGACGAGCUGGGUAGGGACGAUCUAGCAGCUUGGGCAUGCGUCAGGCUCGACAGGCUCAGGACUGGGUACAGGGUCAUCCGCCUGCUUGAUGGCAAGGGAAUGGAAAGUGAUGGGUUGGUUCUGGUCAAGAUUUCCAAAAGAAUAUAUGACUGCUAAAUUGUCUAGAUUUAGUGGUGGUGAACAGUCGCACCAGGGGGGUUUCUUCCACUGUCAAUAGUGAAUACGUUAUAUUCGUUGCUUUACUUUUCUGAUUGGAGAGGAGCAGUAUUAACGUCUAUAUAGCGCGUCGCGCGUUUUUGACUGUGGGAUCUUUGCCACUGAUAAGGAGUAUCGGAUGCGGGUGCCUUUUCGUACAGUUUACCAGUGACUUACCUCGUCAGGCAUAACAUCCUUCAGAUUGGAUGGAGUGAGCCUGGGGAAAUGUGAAAAUAUCACAGUAGAACCAUGAAUCAUUCUCAUUGACAAAAGCUUAUGUGGUCGUACGGGGAUUGCUAUGAUUUGAAGCCGAGAGAUGGUUGAUUUACAUUGUCUUGUAAUGAGCAAAGAAAAGCCAGCGCCAGUAGGGGCGUGGGAGCCAAUAAACAGCUAAUACCGAGAACACCCAGAGCAGUGCCGAAUUAGAAAUCUAUCUCCUUUCAUGGUAUAAAAGGAAUCUUUGUGCCAACAGUCCUCUUGUAAUCAUUGUACUCCUCUCCGAAGAACCUCACAAGGGUCUCCUCUUCGUGCCGAAUCCUUCGUGAGAAGAAACGGUACAAGACAAAGCUGUAUGCAAUUGUGCUAACGAGAUUUCCCAGCACGAGCUGUGAACCCAGAGCCCAGUAGAAGUAACCAAAGUAACUCGGGUGACGGAGUUUGGCAUAAAUUCCUGUCGUGACAAGAUGGUGCUGCGGACCCCUAGCCUGCUGGACGAUGUGAUUAAAAGACAGGCCGGCCUGAAUCAUGGCUGCAGAGCGGAUGAGCUGACCGACUGCCGUGAGGACGAGGCCCAAAAGCAGCAGCAGCGGGCCUGUGUGCAUUGGGGCCCAGGCGCGACUCGGAAAUACGAUGCAAACCAGCAGACACUCGAGUGCGGCGAAUGCGUAUGCAAUGGUCUGCAUGGGCCAGUUGGCUGUCAAGAGGUAGCUGUCGACAUUGGCCGCCGGAGUGUUGUAGGCAGCGGUGGUCCAAAACUCGAGGAAGUGGUGUGUUGCCAGGGCGCCGGCAAAGAAGGGGAGGCGCCACAUUGGGCUUGAGGUCAGAAGCAGGAUAGAUGUGGUAGAUACAACAGAAACUGCCAGGACGGAGCCCAGGCAGAAAGCGCGCAUAGCAAUGCCGGCGAGAGACUUGGGCUGGCCUGGCAUAUAAGGAUGUAAGGGCGAGUUUUCGGCCGAAGCGGACUGGGCGACGGGGCUGAGAACAGGGAGAGUCAGGUCAGUCUUGGUCAUUGGAUCGUGGUUCUUGCGGCCUGUGGUGUGGGCUGGACCAGCGCCGUUGAAGUUGAUGGGUGAGGGGGUUGGCGGCGCGAAGAACUGCCUCGAGCGGCGUCGACGUGUGGGUUGUGGAGGUGGUGCCGACGACGAACAUGUCGCAGAGCACUCCAUGCCGCUGCCAUCCGCCCACGAUAUGUGUUUGCUGCCGUGACCUCGUCCAUUUAAUGCAGUUGCGUCGACAACGCAGGCUGGAACCAUGAUGCUCAGCUUUUUAGGUGGCGGCUGGCACGAUGACAAGCUGUUAGGGGAGGGAGACAGCAGCAUAUUGACGUCUAUGUUGGCCCUCAACCUAUCGCUAUCUUCCAUCUCCAUCAAGACCAGAGAUUGCGAAAGUCAAGUCAUGGAUGAAAACACGCGAUACGGCGUUGUUAUGCCGUAUGAAAUAGCACAGCAGCAAACAGAAUGCUGUUGUAGCUAGCGAAGACGACACAGGCGAGGGAGAUAAUGAACAAGGACAGGGAGGAGGGAAAAAGAAAGGGGGGGAAGGGGGAAAGGGGAAGAGAAAAGAAAUCUCUUGACGUAACGCAAGGCUUGCUCACCUUUGAGCAUGGUCAACUCGCCUCCGUCGCUGACCAAACGAUUCAUCGUCCAUUGUUCCCCUAUGAGUGAUGAAGUCACGCCGUUGGCGCCUCGGGGCGGUGAUUAGACCAGAAAAGCACCUAGGUAGGCACCUAAGGCAAGGUAGCAGCAGCUAGGUUGUGGGAAAACGUGGGCGGGUGUACAGGACCACGACAGCCACUUUUGUCUGACCUGUGGCUUUUGGACAAAUUCUGUGGGAGCAAAAAAGGUUCAAACAAAGCUCUCGAGAAUAGGCACAGGCUUAGGUUAACUGGGCUGAUGGUAUUUAGACGAAUGAGCAACAGCUUCGGCCUUUAUCCCCUUCGACCAAUGUCUCACAAGCUUCGAGAGAAUCAAAUGCAGUCGAACGAGUAGGGCCGUUUUUGUAGAUUUUGCUUAUUAUUGUUCCUGCGCAAGUUUGCAUGCCGUGUUAUGA